AUGGAGAUAUCUUCGGAUCCAAAGAAGUCCACUGAUGAACAGUUUUCUGGCAAAAAGGGAGGCCUUAGAACCAUGCCUUUUGUGAUAGCAAACGAGGCAUUUGAAAGGGUUGCAAGUGUGGGACUUCAUGUAAAUAUGAUAUUGUAUCUAAGAGAUGAGUAUCACUUGAAUAAUGCCACUGGAGCUAGCAUUUUGUUCUUGUGGGGAGCCAUAACAAAUUUCUUGCCAACCUUUGGGGCUUUUCUUUCUGAUUCUUACUUGGGUCGGUUCCGCGUGAUUGCACUGGGAUCAGUUGUUUCCCUACUUGGAAUGUUUAUGCUGUGGUUAACAGCCUUAUUGCAACAAGCAAGGCCUCCCCAUUGCGACACAUAUUCAGAGAAAUGUGAGCACCCAAAACCAGCACAGCUUGCGCUUCUCUUUACAUCAUUUGCCCUCAUGUCCAUUGGAGCUGGUGGCAUUAGGCCAUGUUCUUUAGCAUUUGGUGCAGAUCAGUUUUACAAGCCAGACAAGCCAGGAAAUCAGAGGGUCGUGCAGAGCUUCUUCAACUGGUACUACGCUUCGGUGGGGAUUUCUGUCAUGAUUUCAGUGACAGUUCUAAUCUAUGUUCAGACUGUGGCUGGUUGGGUUGUGGGUCUUGGAAUCCCUGUAGGCCUCAUGUUGAUGUCUGCUGUUCUGUUCUUUUUGGGUUCACCUCUUUAUGUUAAGGUAAAGGCAAACAAGAGCUUGUUUACUGGCUUUGCUCAAGUUGCAGUGGUGGCUGUGAAGAACAGACACCUUGCUUUCCCACCAAAAAGUUCUGACGGAUGGUAUCAUCACAAGAAAACAUCAAAACUUAUUGCACCAACAGACAAACUAAGGUUUCUAAACAAAGCUUGCAUCAUUAGAAAUCCAGACAAAGACUUGGCUUCUGAUGGGUCAGCAUUAGAACCAUGGAAACUAUGCACAAUUCAGCAAGUCGAAGAACUCAAAGCACUGAUCAAGGUGAUACCCAUCUGGUCCACUGGCAUCAUGGCCGCGGUGACCAUCAGCCAGCACGCAUUUCCCGUGCUCCAAGCAACCACCAUGGACAGACGCUUCAUCUCAAACUUCAAAAUCCCCGCAGCCUCCUUUACAGCGUUUGCAAUCCUCACAUUGACAGUGUGGGUGGCCAUCUACGAUCGAGUCAUCGUUCCAUUGAUAUCGAAGUACACGAAUAGGCCUAGUGGGCUCAGCCUCAAGCAACGAAUGGGGAUCGGACUAUUCCUGUCGAUUGUGGCCACAGCAGUGUCAGCAUUGGUGGAGAGAACCAGAAGAGGUAGAGCCAUCGAAGAAGGAUUGGCAGAGCACCCCGAGAAACUGGUGAAUAUGUCGGCAAUGUGGCUAGUGCCACAGCAUUGCUUGACUGGCCUAGCUGAGGCUUUCAACAUAAUUGGGCAGAUUCAGUUCUACUACUCUCAGUGCCCUAAGAGCAUGGCUAGCAUUGCGGUGGCUCUUUUUGCAUUGGGGAUGGCAUUUGGGAACUUGGUAGCGAGUCUGAUAGUGAGUGUUGUGGAUGAUGUUUCAAAGAGAGGUGGGAAUGAGAGUUGGGUGUCCAAUAACCUAAACAAGGGUCACUAUGACUACUAUUACUGGAUUCUCAGCAUUUUGUGUUUCGUCAAUUUCUUCUAUUUCCUUUUCUGCAGUUGGGCUUAUGGAUCUGAGGACCAAAACGUUUCCGAUGUGGGAGAUGGCAACAAGGAUGAAGACUUUGACAAGUCUAAGGGAUCUCCUGUACUAUUCACUGCUUGAUUCCCUUUCUUUUUUUCUUGUUUUUUUUCAAUCAAUUGUUGGAUGAAUUCUGCACUCAACAUAAACUCAAUGGGAACCAUACAAAAUUAAUUUUGUACUCCACCCAUAUUAAAUAUUACUAGUAUAUGGUAUUUAAUUCAAAUGAAUGUACUCAUAUAUUAUAGGA